AUGAGGGGCCGUAAGAAGGUCAAGCCCGUGAGUCAACGCGGCAUAGCAGAAUGUAUGACCGGUCCUUCCAUAGACAAACACGCAAAAGGCAACGUCUUGAACGCCGAACAAACACAAAAACAGCAAGAUAAGUCUGAAAUUUUUCCUGAUAAAGUCGUUUGGGACGGCGGUGCUGUUGUCGGUAAUGCAUCGGCAAUGUUGCUGCCAGCGGCGACCGAUGACACGGGCGCCAUUACCCCUGCCUUCCAUGGCGGUUGUGAUCAGCAUAAGCGCAAGCUGUCACCCAAUCAGCUUGACAACAACGAAUGCGGCGAGGCGCCCAACCCGAGCGCUCGCAGUGCCAAGCGGCCUCAGACACAGCUUUCGGCUUUGGCCCAGCUGGUGUUAGUGAUGGUGCCAGGGCCGUCACAUGCACAACCCUUCAUGCAUCGGCACCCGCAGAUCCAAUUGUUCGCCUUUUGCGAGCGUGCCUUCAUUUGGCGACUGGCCCAGCGGCUCCGGCUGUCCGUGUUCAUGCCAAAGGACAUCAUCUACGAUGUGGGAAGCGUGGGCCACGACAUGUACAUAAUCUGGCGCGGUGUAGUGGUCCUUACGGAACCGGAUGGCUGCAUGACCGCGCUGCUGACCGGCGGCGACCACUUCGGCGAUCUGGGGGUCAUGACCUCCAACCUGCCGCGGCCACAGCGCGCCGUGGCGAUGUGCGCAACCGAUGCGAUGAUCCUGAGCCGCAGCGACCUGCAGGACGCCAUGCGAGACUUUCCUGCUAGCGCCGAGCUUGUAAAGGGUCGUUCCCAGGUGCAGUUAGAGGAUCACGAAAUCGGCCAAGCAGUGUGGGCAGCGUCAAUGGCAGCCAAGUAUACAAUAAUACAGCAACAGCAUCAACAGGCGCUAGCAAACGGCGGCGAAGAUGGUAACGAAGGCGACACGGAGACCAGCAGCGCGGGACAGACCGCACCCAUUAUCACCCAGAGAAGUAUUGAAGCACCACAGCUGAUUACCACGAACCGACCCGGCACUCCGAGAAACAGACAAGGGCUGUCUGUCGGCGCGGACGAUGAUUACGGUGGCACCCUUGCCAUUGCCAGGAGCGGCGAUGAGCCCACCUUACACACAAAAGCGGUCACCAGAACCAGCGACAGGGAGCAGCAGCGUCAGUCGCUUUGUAUUGUUAAGGGUACCUGCGAGCCUCCGCGAGCUGCCACAGGCGCGGGAGGCGCAGGGCUUCGUCGGCGACGGGACAAGGCAGCAGCGGGAUCCGCCGAUGCUAUCAGGGCCCACCUUGCAACCCACGGAACGUCUACCGGUGGUGGCAGCGGACCCGUAGCUGAGGCAACAACAAGGACAGAGGACCAGAGCGUAUUAACAACCGCCAGUACGCUUGAGUCAGUGCUAGAUUCCAUACAGCCAGCCGGAGCCUGUGUGCUAGCUGCACGCACCUGCUCUCAAUCAGGUAGCGGUCGGCCCAGCAGCCUCUCUCACUCAUCUGUGGACUCGCUCUGUGAGGUCCUGAACCUUAACAAGCCGACCGCUGGUAGCACUAUUGAUCCAAUGGCACAUUUGACCGCGGAACGUUUUGUGCGUGGUUUGGCUGCUGCUGGGCACAGUACGAGCCAUAUCAGCCGAGCCGGCGUUUCUACUGCUGCCGCCGCCCGGCCGCGGCGGCAGGCGCCUCGGCUCCCUGUCGCAAUGCGGCCCCCUGGGCCUUCGCACGUACUGAAUGGCGUGGCCUACUGUCAUGGCGGCGAACCUUCAGGUAGACAGCAGCCGUCGGUGCUUCCGGGCCGCUGCUUUGACAAUCACCGGCACCCUCGGGCCCUAUGGGUCCCAGAUGACACAUGCACGCUAGAUCGCUUCCUGGAAUGGAGGUCAAGUACGGCGAGGGGAUCAUCCUCUAACCCCCCUCAGCGAAAUGGGCCGCCGCCGGUUCCUGAAGGCGAUGCAACAGCGGGCUACAAAGCUGUCCCUGGCGCAACAACACCAUGGUAUCAUAGUGCUGAGGUGCCCUUCCAGCAGUACACAACCACACGGCCAACCAGCCCGAUCGCGUCGUCGUCAAUGCCAUCGCCGCCGCCGCAACCACUGCCGCCCACUGCACCACCACAUCACCAACAGCCGCCCGCGUCGGCACCACAACCACCGCCUGCUCCUGCAGCGCUCUUGCACAAUUUCGACUCUAAUGACUUUGCAGCCCUGGAGCGCGUUCGCUUCAGCUCCCAACACCCUCCAGAAGGUGGUGGCGUCGUACGUUACCUGAGCAAGCGAGCUCGACAGGAAGCCACCGCCGUCGCUGCAGCCGCCACUGCUGCUGCUGCUGCCACAGCCGCCUCAAACGGUGGGCCAUCAGUAAAUGUGGCAAACCCUGCCACGGCUGCAGCUGCUGCGACGACCAGCUGUAGCACAGGCACGAUGGCGGCAGCAGCGGCCCCUCCCAUGUUGUCCACGAAUGAGGAUGACGGCAGUGGAUGCGGCGGCAGCUGCCAGCACGUUCAAGCCCAAGCUCAAGCUCAGGCCCACGCAUACACCUAUGCCCAUGUCCAUUCCCAUGUUCAUGCCUAUGCCCGUGUUCAUCCCCACUCCCAAGUACAACCACAAGCACACAUGACAUCCCAGGACUUGGAUCUAAAUGGGGAUCUGGGGGACAUCAGCGGCGACAGCAGCCCCAGGCAGCAGCAGCGCAGUCCUACGGGGUCACAGCUGCUCCUCCUUGCGCCGCAACCCUUCCUUGGAGUCGACCCGCUAGGUGAGCUGUUCGGCGAGCAGCCGUCCCAGCAGGUCGCUGCUAACGGUGGCCUUUCCCUUAGCCACCGUUGGCAUCGAGGACGGCUGGGAGGCGCUCCCACGGCAGCAGCAGCAGCGCCCUCUCUGGCUCAUUGGAACUUCCCUGGCGAUAUCGCGACGGCGCUGGACUCUGUGACAGAAGGCAGCGCCACGCGGCAGUUGGUUGGACCCGUGGGUCGGCGCAGCCUCCCACGGACCUCCACGUUGCAUGGCUCAAGCCACCGUGCCAGUGGCUCCAGCAACCUGGCCUGUAGGCGUGCAUCAACGGGCAGCGGCAGUGCAGGAUGCGACGUCGACGGGUGGCUAAACGACCAGCUUCUUCAGCAGCAGCCAUCGUGUCGGCAUGCUCGGUGCGCUGGUUGCAUGGCGAUGGAGCAGCAGCUGGCGGCUGCGCAGGAGCGUGUGGAGUCUAUUUUGGCGGAUCCCUUGAAGGAGCCGUCUAUAAAGGCUGUCGUACAACGUGAAGUCUUGGCUGCAGUUGAAUUGCUCAACUCCCGGACAGCGGAGCUAUUGCAGCAGCUGGUGGAAGGGCUCACGGAAACUUGUGCCCGUACGGAGGAUCUCUUCCAGGACGUCUCCAGCGUGGAUGAACGGCUGCAACGGCUGGAGGACGAGCAAGGCGGCGUUUUCGGAGCAGCUGCAGCCGUCGUCAUGAGUGCGAGCGGCGGCAGUAGCAACGGCGGGAGCAGCUUGCGGCGGUCACCGGCAGUCGCAGCUGCUGCGGCAGCAGCAGCAGGUGGCGUUGGCGGUGUUCUUGUAGACACGCCUGUUCAGGGACCUGAAACCCAAGGCCGAAGCGCAGUUUCACCUCUUGCCGGCCUCAUCGGGCCACAAAGCGCCACAAGCGGUCAGAUGGGUGUGCUACUGCCGCUAUCUACUGCCGCAGCGGCUGCUGCAGCGCCCGGCAUCAGCACAAGUAGCAGUAUCCGACCCGCUAUUGGCAGCCAGUCGUCUCUAAAGCAAAACCACCACCAGCGCCGGACUUCAGUUCUUAGCAUGCGCGGGCUGGAUGAGCUUGUAGUCGAUGCAGCGCCAGCUGGCGGCAAUGCUACCAGCGGCCUCAGCACUGCCGUGGCUCCCUCUGAGCCCGGGCUUCCGGCUCCAGCCACCAGCAUUACGGCAGCGGACACAGCGCUCCUGCAGGCCACAAUGAACCGCGCGGCCGGCAAGAACAAGCGGGCGUGUGGCGAGCCUGCUCGGACACCAGCUGAGGUUACGCCAGUACCUCGUACUACUGAUGAAAGUGGAGACGAGGCUAGUUCGUGCCAGCGUGGCAUUUGCAGCUUUUCCGAGAUGCAGGCUUCGCCAGCAAUGUCGUCUUCUCGCCGCUACUUGGAGGAUGGACGCUGA